AUGGCAGAUGCCUCGCGUGGCAUCCGCAAGCCACGAAAGUCCCGUGGCAGGGGACUGCGUGCCACUACCGGAUGCCUAGUUUGCAAGCGGCGCCAUGUCAAAUGCGACGAGGUUCGCCCUCAAUGCGGGCCUUGCGCCAAGGGCCAACGUCCAUGUAUUUAUGGCGGUAGCGAUGAUGUAUCACAACAGAUUGAUGCUUCUUCUUCCGAUGGAACGAUACAUCGCGUAACCUCGCCGCAGUCGCAAAUCCAUGAGCCCCUGCGAGUUCUGGUGGACGCAUGCCAUCAAGAACAAAACGUCCAACAUCCCACAGAUGCCUCCCGUGGGAAAUCGUCUACGACGUCCCCGGGCCUGAGCUCCGCUAAGGCUGUUUCUCGGCAUGGCCAAGGGGUGUCUCCACUGUCCCCUCCAGAAUAUGCACCGUCACCCGGUACAGAGUCAUCGUCCGCGUCCACCAGGUUGGCACCAUUGAGCUGGUUCGAACUACUUGCCAAUGAUGCCGCCAACGCGGAUAGAGAUUUUCUAUUGUCUCCGCCACAGCGAAUCCCUCCAUCCGUGGCAGUGGAAUCCCCGGUCGCUCUACCGCAAAGCCCGGUUUUGCAGCCUCAUAACCAACGCGAACGGGAAAGCUUCCAAGCGGCUUCUUUCCGGCGAGAUCCUGAGAUUGAUGAGAGGCUAGUCGCGGUGCCAGUCGAGGAUGGGCCGGCAGCAUUGCCGGACGAAUAUUCCUCCUGGAGUACUGCGACCCCCAUUGAACUGUCGGACCAGGGUCAUUUCAUGUUCAACCAUUUUGUGCGGACACAAGGCGCGUGGAUAGAUUUCUUUGACCCGACACUGCAACUUUCUACUACACUACCGCAUCUGGCUCUGAGGAAUAUCGGUUUAAUGAAGGCACUUUUAGCCCUCUCAGCACGACAUCUCUCGCUGUGGAGCGAGACCAACCAGUAUCAACACAACGGCACAGCUACCGAAAAAGCCAACCCUUUCGACAUUGCAGAUUCCGAGAAGGAGGUCGCUUCCACCGUCAAUCGCAAUGUUGCUGUCCAGUAUUACUACGAAACGCUGCAAUAUUUGAACAAGGCGAUGCACUAUCCCUCUUACACUCGCAGUGCCGAGUUGCUUUGCACGGCCCUUCUCAUUAGCACGUAUGAAAUGGUUGACGGCUCCAACUAUGAUUGGGAACGACAUCUCAAAGGGGUUUUCUGGAUCCAGCGGUUCCAAAAUAACAACGGUGAAUCUGGAGGUGUCCGACAAGGAGUUUGGUGGGCGUGGCUUCGACAAGAUGUCUGGGUAGCCAUGCGAGAGCGUCGCCGGGUUUUCUCAUUCUUUCAGCCUCGAAAGCAGUAUUCCAUGCUAGACGCCGCUGAGUUCACCUGUCGUGCGUACUAUCUACUAUCACAAUGCGUGAACUACGCCUCUCGGGAAGAAUCCGAGACCACCGACAUACAGCAACGCCUGGAGCGAGGGAAUGAAUUGCUAUUUAUGCUGCAAGAGUGGAAGGAUCACCUACCGCGGGAAUUCAGACCACUUCCACAGAAACAGACUGCUGAGGUUUUCCCACCAAUCUGGAUUCACCCUUCUCCAUACGCGGCGGCUGUACAGCUGCACAGUUUAGCCCGCAUCUUGGUGGUGUUGCAUCGUCCUUCAAUCGGCGGCCUCCAGGAUUACCGCGCCGCGCAAAGACUGCUUGCAGCGUCCGUCCAUGCCGUCUGCGGAAUAGCGCGCAUGGUUAAAGAAAACGAUAUCCCUGCUAGUCUCGUGUCGCUCAAUUGUCUAUUUGGAGCUGGGAUGAGUGUUCACGCUCCCCAUGAACGGACGGCGUUGUUGGAUCUCAUCGAAAUCUUCCAGCGCCGGGUUCGUUGGCCCGCCGAUUCACUGAGAAAGGAGCUUGAAUCUGAAUAUCAAAAAGAUGAGCUCUCUGCUUUCGCUGGUUGAGGACCUGUCGAAUGUGACAAAAAUGACUUCGAGCCCUCUUCCGAAUCAGCGGGAUGACAGUCCCGUACGGCAUGAAUGGUCGUAAGAUCUUGUCUGGGGAGAGAGCCAAUCCUUGCCAGAUUCAAACAAUCACGUAAACAGCGAUGGUCCUCUUCAUUUGCACCAUCACACUAGAUGCAGUGAUGCUACGCUGUCGGCGACCCUCUGUUCCUCCUGGAAGAUUCCUUGCAUCCCCAAUUGUGUGGUCUCCGCUUAUGCAGACGCAGGCAGCGCCUGGGUGGGUUAUUGCAUCCUUUCGAGGGUGACUAGUUCGUGCAGGUGACCUGGAACAAAACAUGGCCAAUCUUGAUCCAGUUGACACACGUCGGUUCCAAGAAGCCGAAGGCUUGGUAUAUAGGAAUGC